UGGAUUCAGAUAAAAAUCCAACGCUACUUAAAGCCCUUCUCCUCCAACACUUUUCGCAUCACUCUCUUUCUUCUUCUCUUUCUCUCUACUAAAAAAAUGGCUUCUCACUUUUGGAUUCUGCUUCUGGGCGUUUCCUUUAUGGUGUCAGCAACAAUGGGAGCUCCCCCUAGAAGACCCGUGGAUGUCCCAUUUGGAAGAAACUACGCGCCCACUUGGGCUUUUGAUCACAUUAAGUACUUCAAUGGUGGCUCUGAGAUUCAGCUUGUUCUGGACAAAUAUACUGGCACCGGCUUCCAAUCCAAAGGAUCUUACUUGUUUGGUCACUUCAGUAUGCAAAUCAAACUGGUCCCUGGGGAUUCCGCUGGAACUGUUACUGCUUUUUAUCUUUCUUCUCAAAACUCAGAGCAUGAUGAAAUAGAUUUUGAGUUCUUGGGAAACAGAAGCGGCCAGCCUUACAUUUUGCAGACAAAUGUCUUCACCGGAGGCCAGGGAAACAGAGAACAAAGAAUUUACCUUUGGUUUGACCCAACCACAGCUUUCCACUCCUACUCAGUCCUCUGGAACAUGUAUCAGAUUGUCUUCUUUGUGGACGAUGUCCCCAUUAGAAUCUUCAAAAACUGCAAAGAUUUGGGGAUUCGAUUUCCAUUCAAUCAGCCAAUGAAACUCUACUCAAGUUUAUGGAAUGCGGAUGACUGGGCCACAAGGGGAGGGCUUGAGAAAACCGAUUGGUCGAAAGCUCCAUUCAUUGCUUCAUACAGAGGCUUCCAUGUCGAUGGCUGUGAGGCCUCGGUUGAGGCCAAAUUCUGUGUCACUCAGGGGAAGCGUUGGUGGGAUCAGAGGGAGUUCCAGGAUCUAGACUCUUACCAAUACAGAAGGCUCUACUGGGUUCGUCAAAGAUUCACCAUUUACAACUACUGUACUGACCGUUCAAGGUACCCAACAAUGCCACCUGAAUGCAAGAGAGACAGAGAUGUUUAAGAAUUUGAUCCAUCCUGGGGUUGCGAUACUGUGUAUUAUCAUGGCUCUUGAUGAAUGAUUCUUUAAUCAUUAAUAUUGUUAAAUUAUAUUAUAUUAUAUGGUAAUAUGUGUAUGUUUCUAGCAGGCUAUGGCUAGAAGUAGAUGCAUAUUCCCCAAGUGAUUGUCUGGUUUUAUGUUUAUUCUGUUGCUGUUGCAUCUCUACAACAAAUCAGUAAAAUAAUUUGAAUCAUAUAUUUAUAUAA